AUAAAGCUAGAUGCGCAAUGCACCAGUCUCAAUAGACCAGAUCAGCAGUAUACGAGUCUGCAACAUGGAGGCUGCACGGCUUGUUGCGACUUUUGCUCUCAUAUUAGUUUACCAUAGUGGAAGUCAAGCAGCUAAGCCACACAUUGUGUUUAUAGUUGCGGACGAUCUGGGCUGGAACGAUGUUGGUUUCCGUAAUCCACAGGUUCUGACGCCACACCUGGACAAGUUGGCCAAAGCUGGAGUCAUCCUCAACUCCUCCUAUGUCCAGCCCGUGUGCUCGCCAUCCAGAAACUGCUUCAUGUCGGGGUACUUCCCCUACCACACUGGACUACAGGACGGCGUCAUCAGUCCAACUUCUCCUGGAUUUGUUCCAAUCAAGUUCACCUUCCUCCCACAGAAGUUAAAGGAACUAGGAUAUAGCACCCAUGCUGUUGGGAAAUGGCAUUUAGGCUUCUGCAACUUGAAAUAUACCCCUGUCUACCGUGGGUUUGAUACCUAUGUUGGGUAUUACAUGGGUGAUGAGGACUAUUACAAGCACACAAAAACAUUUGACAAUUAUUCUGGAUAUGAUCUACGCUUUAACACUUCUGUAUAUACGGAACCAAAGGGUAAAUAUUCAACGCGCGUGUUUGCAGAAAGAGCAGUUGAUAUAAUCAAGUCUCACGAUAAGGACACGCCACUUUAUUUGUAUCUGCCGUUUCAAGCAGUACAUGCACCUCUGGAAGUUCCCUCUGAGUAUGAGAAUUUGUACAAACAUAUCCAGAACCUACCACGAAGGACCUACUGCGGUAUGAUCAGUGCUCUUGAUGAAGCUGUUGCUAACAUCACAAAUGCUUUAGAGGAAACGGGACUCAUUGACAACUUGCUGCUGGUGUUUACGACUGACAAUGGCGGGCCUUAUUACACUGCUUCUAACAACCUUCCUCUACGUGGAGCUAAGGAUACACUAUGGGAAGGUGGGACGAAAGGAACUGGAUUCAUCUACAGUAAAACCCUUCUGAAGAAGACGGGCUACCUUAACACUGGAAUGAUGCAUGCUGUAGACUGGUACCCGACCUUUGUGGAGCUGGCUGGUGGAGAGAACACAGACCCCAACAUGGACGGAGUCAGUCAGUACGACAUGCUCAUCAAUGGUGGCCCGAGUAAGAGGAAAGAGUUCGUCUACAACAUCAAUUACAAGUCCAAAUCUGCAGCAAUUAGAUAUGGUGACCUGAAACUGAUGCGAGGUUCACCGGGAUCUCACAAUGACUGGAAUCCUCUUCCACAGUCAGGUGAGGGUUCAGAUGUCCUCCUCCAGGAAAAGAAGGACAAGUUCCCUCCAUAUAUGUUGUACAAUAUCACUUCCGACCCAACUGAACAUUUCGACCUGUCUGCUAAGUACCCCGAGCUUGUAGCGAUGAUGAAACAACGCCUUGAGAACUGGGAGAAGACGCGAGUACCAGCUUAUCAACCACCAGAUGACCCUAAAUCAAACCCAGAUCUCUAUGGAGGCAACUGGAGCCCAGGAUGGUGCUGAUUGUUGUAUUCUGUUGGCUACCAGGAACGCAACAGUUAAUAUCAUUGACAAUCAAUGACAAAAUGCGUGAUCGAUACUUUUCAGUUUAAUCCCAUUGAUUGCUAUGAUUAGCCAUUAAUAACUGGUUGUCAUGGCUGCCUUAUCGAUUUCAACUUCAUUUUUCUUUCAAUGUGGCGCUUGGAGACAGAUGUUUGUACCUUACUAGCAUAUGAAUUAAUAACUAAACAUCCACAAGCAUUCAAUCAUACGUUAAUGUCUUGAUGAUGUAAAAUGUUGGUCAAAAUAAAGUACACACCUCUGUUUGAUGGUGGCUAAAAUGAAACAAA